CAAUGCAAUAACUAAUAGUGGAGUCUGAAGAGUCGAGUUUAUUUUCUAUUUGAAAAGUAAAUGAUCUAGCCUAUUAACUGCAUUUGCAAAAAUAGGCCAAACGAAGACAUGUGCUCAAAUUGUAUAUGAUUGUUUUGUUUUGGCUCACCUAUUGCAUAAAAUUGUUUUCUAUUUCUUAGUUUCUAAAUUGUAUUUUUCUUUUAACAAUUUCCUGGUGAUUUCGUUGCACUUGGAUUAUUUAUAGGGUCGAUUUGUAACGCAGAAGAUACUUCUAAAGAUGUCAAGCAGGAGAUAUGCUAACUUUUUCGUUCUUGGAGUGACAUUUCUUGUAUUUCUUACAUUUUCGAAAUGUGGGACACUAGUGAGGCGUUCAGCCCGUAAAGGGCACGAGAUGCAGAGGCGAACGGCGGGCAGGUACCAACACGCAACCGUGAAUGAUCAAGUUUAUCAGACUCAGUGGAGAAUGACGACGACUUCAAAACCCAAAUUAAAACAGAAACAGUACCAUUUUAAUGGAAAGAAAUACUGGAAAUACGCAACAAAUGUCACACUUCAGUUAAAUGGGACUAACGUCUGUGGAAACAGGUGCUGCCACGGAUGGACCGUUUCACCCAAGACUCAGAAAUGCACCAAACCAAGAUGCCUUCCACGUUGCCACAACGGAGCCGUGUGCAGGCAGCCCAACAUCUGUGAAUGCCGAACGGGCUUCUACGGGGCCCGCUGUGAGUUUGCAAGCGUGACCUAUGGCCUCGUAGGCCUACCCUGGGCCUUCCUGCGCCCCACCAGCCCCAUGGUCAGCACCACCACCACCCUUUCACCAACCACCACCCUCUCACCAACCACCGUCAUCCCCAACACCACCCCAGUGCCCACUGAGACCACAGCUGCAUGGAGGACAGAGGGGACACCAGUCAGCACUGUGCGCUGGAAACCUCUUACUCUGCAGGAGGCUCAGUCAGUGCUGCUAAAGAAGGCAUUGGCCCGUGGGGGCCGAGGCGACAAGAUGACCUCCAUCCUGAUGAAACACAUCGAGACAGAGCGGAAGAAGCUUCAAUCAGCCUCACCGUCAGACCUACAGGACACCCGGACCACCAGUGUCAAGAGCUUCCACACCCAGAAGGGCCAGUACACCAUCCACGUGAGCCCACCUGCAGCCAGAAACCAGACCGCCGGCCACCGAGGAGGAACGGCAGCAGGGGCAGGAAGGAGAGGAGCUGAGCGCAUCAAGGUGCUCUUCACCCCGACCGUCUGCAAGGUGCGCUGCACCCAGGGACGCUGCACCAACUUCUGCGAGCAGGGCAAUGUGACCGCCCUCUACAUCAGUGAACAGGGGGACCGGGCUGCACUGGGACCGGGCUUCAGAGUCUUCCUGUGCCCCAUGUUGUGUCAGAACGGAGGGGUCUGCAUCCAGAAGGACCGCUGCCUCUGCCCGCUAACCUUCACCGGCAAGUUCUGCCACAUCCCCGUGGCCACGCCCUCCACCAAUGACAUUGAGAAGCCUCCGCGCAGCCCCUCGAUGCUGGCCAGUCAGCAGCUGCUGUCCCAGUCGGAGUACAUUCUCCCCCUGCAGAGCCAGCAGCAGAGCCACAGUCAGCCCAGCGGUGCAUCUGGCUCAUCCAUGGUGAAGGUGCGGGUGCAGCACCCACCAGAGGCCAGCGUGAAGAUCCACCAGGUGCUGAAGGUGGGCUAUGGGCCAGGCACGGUUAGGGAGCAGUCGGAGACGGUCACCUGGUCAGCAGGCCUCUCGGGGGCCAGCACCAGUGUUCUGCCAGGGGAGAGGGCCGCAGCCAUACCACCUAAACCCAGAGUCCAGGCCCAGACACUCCACGGUAACUCCACCAACACAGAAUCUUCUGUGUUCAAGUACUGCUUCAGGGAGGUCCGCAACGGCCAGUGCAGCUCACCUCUCCCAGGACUGAGGAGUCAGGACACCUGCUGCCGAGGGAUUGGAUUGGCCUGGGGCAUCAACGAGUGUGUCCUAUGUCCCCCUAACACAGGAAAUGGAGUCGAUGGGAGCUGUCCGGCUGGAUUUGAGAGGAUCAACGGCACCCAGUGUGUUGAUGUUAAUGAGUGUUUGCAGCCAGGCUUCUGUGAGAACGGCAACUGUGUGAACACUCGAGGGAGCUACAGUUGUGUCUGCAGGCAAGGAUACAUACUGGACGCCUCUCACGGGAUCUGUAUCUCCCAUAGGGUGAUCUCGGAGGAUAAGGGCCAGUGCUAUCGUAUCCUGAACUCUGGCUCUGGCCGUGGUAGCUGCUCCGUGCCCAUCCUCAGGAACAUCACCAAGCAGAUCUGCUGCUGCAGCCGCGUGGGCAAGGCCUGGGGAGAGAACUGUGAGAGGUGUCCUUACUUUGGAUCAGUUGCUUUCAAGGAGAUCUGCCCAGCAGGGCCUGGCUACCACUACUCUGCCUCUGUCAUCCAGUUCAACCAGAGGUUGCUGGAGCAGCACGGGACUGGAGGUCCCCCUGUCAUAUCCCAGAGCACGGGACAGACCAGCCCACAACAACCAGCCAGUAGUGGUGCACAGACUCCCCAAACUAGUCACCAACAAUCUUCAGGCUCUCUCACUCCCCAAACCAGGCCUCAACAACCAGGUAUCACUACUCUGCUCACCACUCCGACCAGACCCCAACAGCCAGGUGGUGGCGCUCUCACGCUUCAGACCAGACCCCAGCAGCCAUCAGUGGAGCAGUGGAGCAGUGGAGGCUCCCUGUCCUCCCAGGGCAGACCACACAUUCCAGCCAGCUCUGUUACAGCAGGACCCACCCGGGUGGUGACCGCUCGGCCCCUCACUCAGACCCAAUGGCCUCCAGUUGACCGACAGCCAGUAUCUCCAGUGAGACCUGCCCAGCCCCUCCCACCUCUGGUCACGCCCCGCCCACCCAUCCCCAGGCCAGUGCGGGGUGUGUGUGAGACCAUGCCCCAGGUGUGUGGACAGGGCCGUUGUGUGAACCAGCCCGGAGGGAGACAUACCUGCAUCUGUAACGAGGGAUACCAACUCAACGCUCAGCAGACUCGGUGUCAAGACAUAGACGAGUGCAGGGCUUCUCCCCCGCCCUGCGGCAGCGGCCGCUGCCAGAACACAGAAGGGGGCUUCAGGUGCAGCUGCCCCUCUGGAUACCAGCCGGGACCCCGGGGCACCAGCUGUAUAGAUAUUGACGAGUGUCGUCAGGUUCCGAACCCCUGUAACAACGGCCGCUGUGAGAAUAGCCCUGGUAGCUUCAAAUGUGUCUGCCGCACUGGGUACGCGCUAGAGGGAAACGCGUGUAAAGAUGUGGAUGAGUGUGAGGACCCCUUGAGGUGUCCUGUUCAGGCCUGUGCCAACUCUCCAGGAUCAUACAAGUGUGUGUCUUGCCCGCCAGGCUUUGGCCUGCUCAACGAACAAUGCUCAGACGUUGACGAGUGCCAUCAGACCCCCAGCCUUUGCACCAAUGGUCGUUGUGAGAACACUCCUGGGAGCUACAGGUGUGUUUGCCACACAGGAUACAAACGACAAGGCAAGACCUGCACAGAUGUGGAUGAGUGUGAGGACCCUUUGAGGUGUCCUGGUCAGGCCUGUGUCAAUUCUCAGGGUUCUUACAACUGUGUGUCCUGCAAGCCAGGCUUCAGCAUGAUCAAUGGACAAUGCUCAGAUAUAGAUGAGUGUCGUCAGACCCCCAGCCCAUGCACCACCGGUCACUGCGAGAACACUCAGGGUAGCUACAGCUGUGCGUGUCUCACUGGCUACAGACUACACGGCGAUACCUGUACAGACGUGGAUGAAUGUGCAGACCCGUCCCAGUGCCCUGGCCAGGAGUGUGUCAACUCCCUGGGCUCAUACAAGUGUGUGUCCUGCAAGCCAGGCUUUGGGCUGGUCGACAGACACUGCACAGAUGUUGACGAGUGCCUCCGCAGCCCCACUCCCUGCGCUAACGGCCGUUGUGAGAAUACGGCUGGAAGCUACAAGUGUGCGUGCCGAUCUGGCUUCAGGCUACAGGGCAACACCUGCGGAGAUGUCGAUGAGUGUGAGAACGCUCUGCAGUGUCCUGGUCGGCAGUGUAUCAACUCUGAGGGCUCCUUCAUAUGUGUAGCCUGUAGCCCAGGCUUUGAGGCUGGAAACGGACAGUGUACAGAUAUCGAUGAGUGUCGCCAGACCUCCAACCUAUGUGCCAACGGUCGCUGUGAAAACACUCCGGGUAGCUACCGGUGUGUUUGUCGCACCGGGUUCACACCGCAGGGCAGCAUCUGUAUUGACCUGGAUGAAUGUGAAGACCCCUCACAGUGUCCUGGGCAACGGUGUGUGAAUUCUGAAGGCUCCUACAAGUGUAUCGCCUGCAAAGCGGGCCACGGCAUGCGAGAUGGGUUAUGCGCAGAUGUGGAUGAAUGCCAGAGCCCUGACACCUGCGGUGCAGCGAGGCUGUGCGUGAACACGGACGGCUCUUACCGCUGUGACUGUCAGCCAGGCUACAGAACCGCUGGCCUCGGACGCCAGUGUAGAGACGUCAACGAGUGUCUAGAGGGGGAGUACUGCUUCCCCAGGGGAGAGUGUGUGAACACAGAGGGCUCCUACCGCUGUGUGUGCUCCCAGGGAUACACCACCAGCAGCGACAGCAGCUCCUGCCUGGAUGUGGAUGAGUGUGCCAGGUCAGGCCCGGGGGCGUGCCAGGAUGGCCGCUGUGUCAACACAGAGGGCUCCUACCAGUGCCAGUGCCAAGUGGGAUUCACCACCAACCCAGAGAAGACAGCCUGUCUGGAUGUAGAUGAGUGCUCAGAGGGAGCAGUGUGUCGGUCACAACGUUGUGAGAACACCGUUGGCUCCUACCGCUGUAUCACCUCCUGUGAGCCGGGCUACCGGGUCACCCGCACCGGAGAGUGCGUCGAUAUCAACGAGUGUGCCAAUGAGACCGUAUGCGGGGAGCAUGCGUUCUGCCAGAACCUAAUUGGAACAUACCAGUGCAUGUGUGACCAGGGCUACACAGCCACCAGCGAUGGGAAGGGAUGUGUGGAUGAAAACGAGUGUGAGACUAUGCAGGGCGUGUGUGGCGCGGCGCACUGUGAGAAUGUGGACGGCUCCUUCAUGUGUGAGUGUCCAGGAGAGGGGGAAGAGUUUGAUACGCGCUCAGGACAGUGCCUCAGCACGCCCCGACCAGGUCGUCCGGCGUACCCUGGCGGCUCCUCCUCUUCUUCGUCUUCCUCCACCACCGGUCUCGGUCCCCAGCGUCGGCCCGAUGCGUCCCAGCUGCCCCCUGCCCGGCCUGGCGAGUUCAGGGAGUGUUACUACAGCACCGGGGAGCAGAGCUCGUGCAGCAUCCUGGCCCGCAACACCACACAGCAGGAGUGCUGCUGCACCGUGGGCCAGGGCUGGGGCAUGGGCUGCCAGUACGACCCCUGUCCUCCGCUAGGCACAGCCGAGCACCAGGCGUUGUGCCCCAGCGGACGAGGAUAUGUUACCGGGCCAGGAGCAUUUAGCUACAAAGAUGUGGAUGAGUGUAAGCUGUUCCACCCUGAGGUGUGUAAGAGCGGUGUAUGUGUCAACAACAUCCCUGGCUACUCCUGCUACUGCACCAUUGGCUACUACUACGACGACGUGUUUCUGGAGUGCAUCGAUGUUGAUGAGUGUGAGGCAGGGGAGGACAGCUGUCCAGGGGGAAUCUGCGUCAACAUAUUAGGCUCACACUUCUGUACCUGCGAGCCUCCUCUUGUGUUGGACGACACUCAGCGCAGCUGUGUCAAUUCCACUGACCUCGCCGUGGAUGAGAACCUAUCGUUCUGCUGGCAGUUUGUCACAGCAGACCUGGUGUGUCAGAGCCCCCUGCUGGGUGGACAGGUCACCUUCACUGAGUGCUGCUGUCUGUAUGGAGAGGGCUGGGGACUGCAUUGUGCUCUGUGUCCUGCCAGAGACUCAGAGGACUAUGAGGCUCGCUGUAACGUCUUCCUGGGGCCCCCAGAGUUUCCUCCCCCCUUCCCUGACCCCUACGGGCCGGACCCAGGGCCAGGACCCGGCAGAGGAGGAGAGGGAGGAGGAGGAGUGGGGUAUCGCGUGCCCAAUGGACCGGACUCCUUCCCAGACCCCAUCCCCCGCAGGCCUGAGUACCCCCAGCCUGACUAUGACGACUACACACCAGCGGGAGGCAGCAGGUCUGGCUUCAGAAGCAGAACGCCCAGCACCUUCAGCGUCCCAGAGAGCCCGUACAGACGACCCUCAGGAUACAUUCCCGAGCGGUACUAUGACGAGGACGACUACGGCCCGCCUGACGCUCCUCCGAGACCCCAUUUCCGGACCCUCCCAGACCCUCGUUCUGAGCUUGCCUUUGGGGCGCGACCCCGUCCCCCCAUCCGAGAGGGCCUCCCUCUGAGUCUGGCCCCCCUCUCGGACAGUGACCCCUACAGUGAGGAGGAGGAGGAGGAGGAGGAGGGGCCAGAUCCCUGGCGUGUGGGACCCCCUUUCCCUUCGUUCCCUGACAGACAGGGGCCAGGUGGUGGUGGCCCACGGAGAGUCUAUGAGAGACGAUAUGAGCCGUAUGCAGGCCUGAGCACAGAGGACUGUGGGAUACUGCACGGCUGUGAGAACGGCAGGUGUAUCCGGGUGGCGGAGGGAUACACGUGUGACUGCUACGAGGGCUACGAGCUGGACAUGACCUCCAUGGCCUGCAUAGACAUCAAUGAGUGUGUGGAUCUUGACAACGCGUGUACGAACGGCCGAUGCAUCGACACAGACGGCUCCUAUCGCUGUGUGUGUCACCGGGGCUACGUCAUGUCCCGGCGGCCCAACCACUGUGUGGCAGCAUAACACAGCUACUACUUUCAACAUUGUCUUCCCCCACUCAUCAGUCCUAUCUGCUACCGGGGAAGUGUUCCCUCUGGCCUCCACAGGCUCGGUCAGGAGCUCACGAAUGUACCUGUCCAUUUUCUGACCCGAGAGAAAAGCUGAGAGGGUUGUUCUCUGAAGAAAACGCCGACGUAACUGACGCACAGUGUCUGAGAGAGAUUUGAGUCCAAAGAACUCUGAUAUUAAUACAGUUUGAGUUCUAUACAGCGCACACACAACUCAUUAUACAUACACAUACACGCUCAACUAAGCACAUACACUCGAGACUGCUGUUAUAAAGCAGGUAAAUAAAUAUGUCCAUUCGCCAAACCUUUCCUUUGAUGUUGAAAUGCGUAGUGGUGAAAAAGAGGUUAACGUACAUUGUGCAGAAUCCUAACGAUACGAACACGUAUCUAAAGGUAGGAUCCGGCCCAUUGAGAUGGCUCACUUUGAGCUCAAUCGUGAUCAACACACCGUGUUCUGUGCCUCGACCCUGUAGUCUCUUAAGACAAAUAAUGACAAGCUACUGCUACAGACGAGCAGAGCCUUUGUCUAAGACAGAAUCCCUGUCUGUGGAUGUUUUGUUAACGAACGCUCUCUUUAGCUGGAAUGUACAGAAAACACAGCAACAUCACGACAUCGCUGAACCAAAUGUCUGUCACUCUAAAAUGUCAGUGACUUGUAAUUCUCUCCAUUUGUUGAUUUUACAACCCCGUCGGUGUUUGUUUUUGUGGUUGCUUCUUGUAUUAAUUUAUGCCGUUUAAAGUUAAGUUGCUCUUUAUGUAAUGAUAACUUGUAUUAUUUUAUAGAAAUGUAUAUGCGAGGAAGCUACACACCACUGACGUACGUGUCUGUACAUUUGAUUUCUUUAGACUUUUGUAGCCAAUUUGCAUUUUUUUAUUUUUUUUUUCAUGAGAAUCGAAUGUACCUGAAAACUGAUAUAAGAUAGUUGACUUUGUAUUCACAAUUUGAAAUGUUGUUUGUGUGAUCAAAACACAAUCCGUGAUCAAAUACCGUGUACAUAUUUACAAUUGAGAACUUUUUGACCAAAUGGUAUCUGUUUCAGUGAGUAGAAGCUUCUCUGUAAAUGUUCCUACUUCCUGAUGUAGUUCACAAGCUGAAACAAACCCGGAAGCAUUUCCACCUUUCAGCACCUAAAGAUGUGUAACACUAUGCACUGUAUUUGUUGAUGACGUAGCUCUUGUGUACUUUUUACUCACAACUUUGUACAUUUUUUACAUUUGUUUCUGGAAUUUGUUCAUUGUUUUGUCAGUGAUUUUUGUAUCAUUAUUGCUAUGAAAACGAUUUGAAAAUAUAUUUGCACACUUUCCAUUCCAA